UUUAACGCCCUUCCUCCUUCCACUCCUCCUAAAAAAGUAUCCUACUCUUUGUUACGCCAAGAGCUCCUGAAUGGAAGCGAGUGGAAGUCAGACGUCGGAGCUUUUACGCGAGUCCCUGAAAGCAGCAUUAGCUCCAGUGUGAAAGGGACGGGCUUCAGGCAGGAGGUCAUCACAAACAUGGCGUGGAGAGGAUGUGUAAUGAAAUGGGCUAAAACAGAGUUCAUCAGGUCCAACAACACUACUUCACGAAGCUCCAGACUGAACCCCCACAACCAACAGAGGUGCAGUUUCCGUCGGGAAGCCAAAAGGCCGGAUACAAAGAAAGGAAAUGUCACCCAAGAAACAAAAGCUUCACCUUCUGAGGCUGGCACACCAGGUCCCCCACCUCCUCCCAAAGUCCCCCGACCGACACUUUUAAAACCCCUGAUGUUCACAGUAGGAUUUACAGGCUGCUCCUUUGGUGCGGCUGCCAUUCUGCAAUAUGAGACCCUGAAGUCAAGAGUUACGACUGCAAAAGCUGAAGAGGAGUCAGAAAAACUCUUACAGGGGUCUCAGGACAUGGUGUACUGGCAUGACUGGUGGAACAAACUGUCAGGCUUCCAGCGACAGCUCCUUCUCCUUGUGUCCAUGGUAGAUGACUUCUGGAGCAGUCUCACAGAGGGACAGAAGACUGUAACCGGCAUCAUUGCAGUAAAUGCUGUAGUUCUGUGUUGCUGGCGCAUCCCUUCAAUGCAAAGAAGCAUGAUUAAGUACUUCACGUCCAACCCAGCCUCCAAAACACGGUGUCUUCCCAUGGUCCUGUCCUGCUUCAGCCACUACUCCAUUAUCCACAUGGUGGCCAACAUGUAUGUCCUGUGGACAUUCUCAUCAGGAAUUGUCUCUCUGUUAGGGAAGGAGCAGUUUCUUGCACUCUACCUGUCCGCCGGUGUGAUUUCCACUAUGGUCAGCUACAUGUGUAAAACUGCCACUGGACGUCUCCAUCCAUCAUUAGGAGCAUCAGGUGCUGUCAUGGCAGUACUGGCCGCAGUCUGUGCAAAGGUGCCAGAGGCCAAACUAGGAAUAAUCUUCCUCCCCAUGAUCACUUUCACAGCAGGAAAUGCUCUGAAAGUGCUCGUCGCCAUAGAUACUGCAGGGCUCAUACUGGGAUGGCGGCUGUUUGACCAUGCAGCUCACCUUGGAGGAGCCCUCUUUGGAGUAUGGUAUGUGGCGUAUGGUCACAAACUGAUUUGGAGGAAGAGGGAGCCUCUUGUGAAGCUGUGGCAUGACAUGCGUUCUCCAGGUGCCGGUGGAUCCAGGCCAGGAGGUGGGCCUGGGGUCAGUGGUGGUGGUGGUGGAGCUGGACCACAAUGAGACUCUGCAAGGUCUCUCGGAUCCUUUUUGAAAGAACUGGGAGUCCACAGUUACCCCAGAAUAUGCAAGGACACUUUUAUCCACAGAGAGGGAGUCGGGUGUAAUUGUUUAUUAAUAAAUAUAGUUUUUUUUAUCAGGGUUUGUAAUGACCAUAUGCUGAUUUGAUGGUAUGCAGAGACUGGAAAUUUAAAAAAAACAGGUCAGACCUCACACCUUGUGUUGCAAUCCAGAUGUUUACUGUGUAGACUGAUAACAUCUGCUGCCCUACAAGUAACCCCUUCAAGCUACAAAAUGAAAAUAUCAUCACUCUCCUACCUCUUAAUAACGCAUAGAUGUUUUUUAACUUUUGUUUUAAAGUUAGUUUUGUCCUGUUAAUAUUAUUGAAAGCAAUUAUAUAAGCCUGGGCAGAAAAAAACAGAGUGCUGAUACGAUUCAGUGAUUUAAUUAUUUGCUAACUUCAAUGUAAUAUACAGUCCUGUGGGCUGGUCUUAUGUUGCUAUUAAAACUGGAGUUUCAACAAUC